UACGUAGCCGCCGUGCGCCACCAUAAAUACCUCGUCACCUCACACCACACCACCACACACAGAGCUAAGCAAGUAAGCUCACAUCGCAGCUGCCCAUUACGCGCACACAGUCAUACUACUGUACUGUUAAGUAAGUAAUCAGGCGAGGCGACGAUGGCGAAGGACAUCGAGGCGGCGCCGGGGGAGUACGCGGCCAAGGACUACUCGGACCCGCCGCCGGCUCCGCUCUUCGACGCGGAGGAGCUGACCAAAUGGUCCCUGUACCGUGCCGCGAUCGCCGAGUUCGUGGCGACGCUGCUGUUCCUGUACAUCACGGUGGCCACGGUGAUCGGGUACAAGCACCAGGCGGACGCGUCGGCGUCGGGCGCCGACGCGGCGUGCGGCGGCGUGGGCAUCCUGGGCAUCGCGUGGGCGUUCGGGGGCAUGAUCUUCGUGCUCGUCUACUGCACCGCGGGGGUGUCGGGGGGCCACAUCAACCCGGCAGUCACCUUCGGGCUGUUCCUGGCCAGGAAGGUGUCGCUGGUCAGGGCCGUGCUGUACAUGGUGGCGCAGUGCCUGGGCGCCAUCUGCGGGGUCGGGCUCGUCAAGGGAUUCCAGAGCGCCUACUUCGUGCGCUACGGCGGGGGUGCCAACGGGCUCAGCGCCGGCUACUCCAAGGGCACGGGGCUCGCUGCCGAGAUCAUCGGGACCUUCGUGCUCGUCUACACCGUCUUCUCCGCCACCGACCCCAAGCGCAGCGCCCGUGACUCCCACGUCCCCGUCCUGGCUCCUCUGCCAAUCGGGUUCGCGGUGUUCAUGGUCCACUUGGCCACUAUCCCGAUCACCGGUACCGGCAUCAACCCGGCCAGGAGCUUGGGAGCUGCCGUCAUCUACAACAACGACAAGGCCUGGGAUGACCAAUGGAUCUUCUGGGUCGGACCAUUCAUCGGCGCCGCCAUCGCCGCCGCCUACCACCAGUACGUCCUGAGGGCCAGCGCCACCAAGCUCGGCUCGUCCGCCUCCUUCGGCAGGAACUAGACCGGCCUGUCGCCGCCAUUAUAUUGGAUGAUCGGAGUCACUGAAGUGUAGAUAUAUCAGAGGGGCGCGCGCGCCUCUAGUGUGCUGCUGCUGCUGUUCGGGUCCUGGAUUCUGCUGGUCUCGCACGCGUCUGUAUUUUCCAGAGUUCGCUGCAUCUUCUGCUUUGCUUGUUCUACCGGCUACCCAGUGUGUGUUCUCGUUACUGCUUAUUUCCACGUUUCUAAAGAAUGAUCAAUUUGUGCAUCUGGAUAACUGGCGAAAACAAAAUUAAGUGCGUGCUUGUGAGUA